AUGACGAAGAGGAAGGCCCAAGAGGCCGCUGCUGCCUCGGACCCGAAACGGUCCAAGGUAGAGAGUCAGGAAGACACUGCGGUGUAUCUCGCUAACACGACCUACCAAGCCCCCAGCGACGACGACUACGAUGACACCGCCAGCAACUCUGGCUCGACCGCGAACGCAGAGGUAGAGUCCGUUCUGACCGGUCAAACCUCCCUCACCACUCGCUCCCGCAAAUUUCCCUCGGACCUAAAGACGAUCCCCUGUACAUACCCGGACUGCAACAAAACCUUCAACCGGCCCGCCCGGCUGGCCGCCCACCUCCGCUCCCACACAGACGACCGCCCCUUCAAGUGCACCUAUCCCGGCUGCGACAAGGACUACCGCGAGGAGAAGCACCUCCGCCAGCACGUCAAAGGCUCCCACACCCAGGAGCGCGCCUACACCUGCACCCACGAGGGCUGCGGCAAGUCUUUCCUCACGGCGACUCGCUUGCGCCGUCACCAGGACGUCCACGCCGGCCAGGAACGCUUCCGGUGCCGCGACUUCCCUCCCUGCAGCCAGAGCUUCCGCAAGCACAACACUCUCCAGCGGCACAUCCGUUCCGAGCACCUUGGCGCCCAUGCCUACCCGUGCACUGUGUCCGGCUGCGGCGCAGGCUUCGACUCCCAGGGUGCGCUACGGAACCAUACACGCCGCGAGCACAGUGAGCCACAGUUCUGGUGCGAGGAGUGCGGCGGCGACGACGAGACCAGGGUCGGGUUCACGACGCUUGCGCUGCUCCAGGCGCACAUCCGCAAGGAGCAUCUCAACUGCAUCUUUUGCGAGUUCAAGUGUACAGGGCAGUGGGAGCUGGAGCGGCAUGUUGAGAUUCGUCACUCGGGCAUCCCCGUUGAUGCGCGCAAGACGAUUCCAUGCACGUGGGAGGGCUGCGACAAGAAGUUCACCAAGAAACACAACCUCACGGUGCACGUCCGCACAGCGCACGAAGGCUUCCGCUUCGUCUGCGGCGAGGUUGACGUCAAGAACUCCCCUGACCUGGAGACCUGGUCGAACGACCAGGGCUGCGGUGGAGGCUUCGUCACGAAGGCAAACCUUGAGGACCACAUCCGCUACGUCCACCUGGGCCUUGAACGCCCUGUGCCGAACCAGAAAGCCCCCAACAUCAUCGACGACAUCGCCGGCACGAAGCGAACCAUCCUCUGCACCAUGCCAGGCUGCACGGCACGCUUCAUCCGCCACCACGAUCUCCAGGUCCACCUCGAGCACCACCCCGAGUCCACCCCGAUUGCUGCGCCGAUGGACCAGAUCGAGGCCGCCAUCCUCAGCCUGGCGGAUGACCCCAACGGCAACGGCGCGCCCUUUGGCGGGGAUCGCGAGAUGCCGGAGCUACCGCUAUACGGCAUCAUCCCCGGCGUGACUGACUUCACGGGCGACGGUGACGGCGACGUCCCGGGCCCCAACGACGACUUCUGGAUCGGCGCAACCGAGGAAUUCGGCACGCCGCCGCAGACAUGGCAGGAAGAGGAGGCGGCCAUGCGCGCGCUCAUCGACGAGGACUUUUCGCAGUUCGUCGACCCGGCGCUCGGAAGCACCGCCUAA